CCCCCUUGUAGGUCAUAUUUAAGUAAAUCCAAAGGAAAGCGACAGUGCUCUUCUCAGCGCCAUCGCAGUUAGUUGAACAUAAUUCUUCGCAAAUUAAUCCGCAAUAAUAUGGGUGGCAAAUACAAGAUUGUGAUGGUCCGCCACGGCGAGUCCGAGUGGAAUCAGAAGAAUCAAUUCUGCGGCUGGUUCGAUGCCAACCUCAGCGAUAAGGGCAAAGAGGAAGCUCUAGCUGCUGGCAAGGCUGUUAAGGAGGCUGGUCUCGAAUUCGAUGUGGCUCACACAUCGGUGCUGACUCGCGCUCAAGUCACCUUGGCAAGCAUUCUCUCGGCCAGCGGCCACAAGGAGAUUCCCAUCCAGAAGACUUGGCGCCUCAACGAGCGUCACUAUGGUGGCCUCACUGGUCUGAACAAGGCCGAGACUGCUGCCAAGUAUGGUGAGGCUCAGGUGCAAAUCUGGCGUCGCAGCUUCGAUACACCACCACCACCAAUGGAGCCAGGACAUCCAUACUAUGAUACAAUUGUCAAGGAUCCUCGCUAUGCUGAGGGACCCAAACCAGAGGAGUUCCCCCAGUUUGAGUCGCUGAAGCUGACGAUUGAGCGCACACUGCCAUACUGGAACGAUGUGAUCAUUCCACAGAUGAAGGAGGGCAAACGCAUCCUGAUCGCUGCCCAUGGCAACAGUCUGCGUGGCAUUGUCAAGCAUUUAGAUAAUCUCUCCGAGGAUGCCAUCAUGGCACUCAACUUGCCCACUGGCAUCCCAUUCGUUUAUGAGCUGGACGAGAACUUCAAGCCCGUGGUCUCGAUGCAGUUCCUCGGCGACGAGGAGACCGUCAAGAAGGCCAUCGAAGCUGUUGCCGCCCAAGGCAAAGCCAAGUAAACAAACUAAAUAGCCACCAAAAAACAAAAUGAACUAUAGUCAGGCACAAAGUUAAAGAAAAUGGCAGAAUUGCUUCAGAGGAUUGAAGGCGCCUCCCAUGUUUGAUUCCUUACCCAUUUGUUGUUGCAAUUAAUUGGUUCAUCAUCCCCUUCCCCACGCUACUGUUAAUAAAUAAUUUAUUGUAUUACACACA